AUGGUCAGCGGGAUAAAGUGGUUCAAGAAUCCAACACCGCAGGAGAAAAUGGUUGCCCCGGUUCCAAUUCCUGCAGGAGAGUUCCGGGUGUACCGGACUCGAUGGCCAGCCCUUAUAAUCCUGUUUCUGCAGAAUAUGGGCACUGGAGUAUCCACUGGCUAUUUCGCCAGCGUUACCAAUCUUCUUGCAUCUUACUAUCAAGUCGCAGAGUUCCAGAUCAAUCUGUUUUCAAUCAUGAAUUUUGCCUUCUUCAUACCGGCUUCAUUCGCAGCAGCAGCGCUCCUAGACAAACAAGGUCUUCGAGCUUCAUGCAUAACAGGAUCGAGUCUAAACAUACUGGGGACACUGCUAUUCCUCAUCUCAAACUAUGUACCAAAUCCAUACGUAGCUGCCUUGUGUGGUCAGAUCAUCGCUGCCAUGGCCCAACCAUUCCUGUUUAACGCUACAACCAAGCUCGCGGCGUUAUGGUUUGGUGAAAAGGAACGUACAUUGGCUAAUACGCUGUCGUCGAUUGGGAAUCCGAUUGGAAUUGCUGCUAUUGUGGGUUUGGCACCUUCUAUUAUGAAUGGGGAUCCGAACAAUACGCCUACUUUGAACAUUGUAUUGUUUGUAACUUGUACGUGCCUGGGGCUGACAUCUCUUGCUACGAGGAACAAGCCUCCCACUCCACCAACACCCUCAGCCGACGAAGUUACUGAAAAAUUCUUUGCUGGAUUGGUGAAUACCCUUAGCAAUGGGCAGUUCUGGGUACUGAUGGCUGUAUUUGGUCUAGUUGUUGGAAUGUUCAAUACCCUCGUAACAUACAUUUCGGACUUGGCUGUUCCAUACGGCUUUACGAAUGAUGAAGCCGGCGUCAUUGGUGUCCUAGCCAUCGCAACAGGUCUUGUGACAGCCGGAGUUGUAGGAGCCAUACUAGAUCAAACAAAAGGUCACAAAAUUGCCAUAAAAGCUCAUAGCUUUGUGGCUGCAGUAGGAAUGAUUUUCUUUGUGUUGGCAUUGCAGUAUCAGUCAACACCACUUGUGUAUAUCGGUGCUACGUUGAUUGGUGGUGGUGGAUUCCCACUGAUACCGAUUAUACUGGAGCUGGGAGUGGAAUGCACGUAUCCUGUUGAUGAGGGGACGUCUUCUGGACUGUUAUGGAUGAUAUCGAAUCUAUCCGGCGUAAUCUUUGUCAUUGUCGCGGCUCAUCUGCGAACAUCAGAUGGCAAAAUGUUUAACUCGGCAAUCAUGUUGGCAGUCAUUGCAGGUGUGGCCUUUUUAAUGAGCUGGCUCUAUACCGCCACAUCUCGCCGUGUUGCCUUGGAAAAGGCUGUCGACGAGGAGGUGGAGAGGUCGCGAAAUUCAAUAACAGCUUCGGCGUGA